AAGAAUAUAAUGGCUGCGUUCCGAUAUUCACUGCCAGUACUGGCAGCACUGCGAAUGCCGUUCCGAUAUUCGCGACAGUAAACUUUCAAAGCAUUUUCGUGUCCAUAUGACGUAAUAGAUUUUGUCGUCACUUCCUGCUUUCGUUACUGCGGUUCGCGAGGUAAGGCAUUCGCAGUAGAAAAAUGACGGCACCUAUGGAAGAAGUGUGUCUGAUCGAUCGCGGAAGAUAACAAAGAAUGUAAAAUAAUAUUAAGUAGCGGAGAUGCAGAAAAAGCACGAAGAAAUAUGAAUUUUGCAACGUUGUUGUUGGCAAAAGCCAAAGAACAAUAUAUGUUACCACAAGCAACUAGUGAACGUACACAUAUUUGGACUACACCAGAAACUCUAUUAUUAUUAAACAUAUAUGGUGAAUAUAAGGAUGAAUAUCAGAAUGGAAAAGGAACAGUUAAACAAUACUGGGAUAAAGUUGCAAAAGCUAUGCAAGACAAAGGAUAUGAUGUAACGGGCAUGAAAUGUUCAACAAAAUUUCAGGCCUUAAAACGAACAUAUAAAUCAAUUAUGGAUCAUAAUAACAAAAGUGGGAAUAAUCGCAAAGAAUGGGAAUAUCUAAAAAUUAUGAAUGAAUUGUUUGCGGAUAAACCUUGGAUCAAACCUUUGGCUGUGGCAGGAUCAAAUGUGGAUGAAGAUGAGAAAGAGAAUACACCACAGGAAAAAUAUAUUAAAAAGAGAAAGUUGAAUAUACUUAUACAAGACUAUAUAUCAUAUAACAAGGAAGAACAAAAGAAACGAAGAAAGUUUAGAGAAAAAAAAUAUGAAGAGAAACAAAUUGCAUUUAAGCGAUUACAAGAUUUAAUGCAAAGAUUGAUAGAAAAAGAAAAAAGUAAAGUAGAUUGAGUGAGAAAGAAAAACGGAUAAAGGAUAUAAUGCUUAUUUUGUUCAUUACAAAGUUUUGAGUUUAAGUUCAGAGCUUUUUUUAUUUUUGAGUGAGAAAAAAAACGGAUAAAAGAGAGAAUGUUUGUUUUAUAAAGUUUAGAAUUUUAGUUCAGAAUUUUUUUAUUUUUGAGUGAAGAAGAAAAACGGAUAAAGGAUAGAAUGUUUAUUUUGUUCAUUACAAAGUUUAAAGUUUAAGUACAGAGUUUUUAUAUUAUAUUUCUUUGGC